AUGUCGUCCUUCCAAGACAAAACCCAGAGCUACAUCGCUCACCUUGAUAAGGAGCUUUCCAAGUACCCAAGCUUGAACAACCUUGAGAAGCAGACUUCGGUUCCCAAGGUUUACGCCUUUCUCGGAUUGGGCGCAUUCUACUUCUUCUUCAUCUUCUUCAACAUCGCUGGUCAGUUUCUUACGAACAUCGCCGGAUUCGUCAUUCCAGGCUACUACUCCCUGGAAGCAUUGUUCUCUGUCGGCAAGGCCGACGACACUCAGUGGCUCACGUAUUGGGUCGUGUUCGCAUUUUUCACGGUGUUUGAAAGCGCUGUUAAUGCUGUCUAUUGGUUCCCCUUCUACUACACCUUCAAGUUUCUCCUCGUGCUCUGGCUUGCUCUUCCAGUCACUAGCCCGUACAGCGGCGCUCAAGUCGUCUUCCGUUCAUUCGUUCAGCCAGUAUUCUCUCGCUAUUUCACUGGAGCUGGCGCAACUGCGGCAAACCUUCGCUCAAAGGUCGACUCUGCCGGCGACAAGACCUUGUAA